AUGACUGAUAUCUGGGCAGGGCUGCUUUUUAGUCGCACUGCAGCCUCCAGCAGGACAGGACAGCUGAGGCAGAUCCUGCAGGAGAUGGACCCCAGCUACAGAACCAGUCUGUACUUUGGUAAAAAGCUGAGUGGGCAACCAUUCUAUACAGUGUCGGGAGGAAUCUACUGUGAAAACGACUUUUUGUACUCAGGAGUUCAUCCAGCCCCAGAGGUGUGCAACAGCUGUGGGUUUUUAAUCAUGGAUAAUAUGGUCCUGCAGGCCCGUGGGAGGUCCUACCACCCGUCCUGCUUCCGCUGCGUGGUCUGCAGCCAGAGCCUGGAGGGGCAGCCCUUCUCUGUGGACGCAGACCGCCGGGUCUACUGUGUCAGCGACUACCACAGGCUCCGGGCCCCCUGCUGUGCCGCCUGCAGAACACCGAUACUGCCGACUGAGGGGUCUACAGAGUCUGUAAGAGUGGUGUCACUAGACAGAAGUUACCAUGUCGAGUGUUUCAGUGGAGACGUGAACCUCAUCUAA